AUACAAAACACUCAAAGCUGAAAGUAUAGAAACAACUGCACCAGAAGACCUCGUUAUAUUAGAGUAUCCUAUCCAAAUCGACGCUAUGAAGUCUUUCGCUUUGGUUAUACUUUGGUUAGCUUUGCAAUUGCUUGGCGUUGCUCGUUCGAAUGAAGAACUCGAUCUUGAUUCUUCUAAGUAUGAAGAUGAUGUUCAAGUCUCCAAGAGAUCAGUUCUGCAGUUUUAUACCAUGAUUCGCAGUCAAACUGGACGAGACCCUAAAGAUUACAUGGGGUACGGCUGCUGGUGCGGCUAUGGCGGCAAAGGACGACCAGUCGACGAAGUUGAUAGAUGCUGUCAACAACACGACUGGUGCUACAAUAGACUCUAUAAAACAAGGAGAAUCUGUGGCCGCUAUGAGAUCUAUCAUAAGAAUUACUACUACUCUGGAUUAAAGUGUUACAAAGGUUGGUUGUCAAGUCGUUGUGGACGGUCACUCUGUGCUUGUGAUGUCGCCGCUGUCAAGUGCUUCAAACGAAAUCGUUUUAAUAACCGCUACAAGGACUGGAAUAAGAAAUCCUGCUAAACACGUAAUGAUGAUACACACACGUACCUAAAUUUAAUAUUAUAGACCAUUCGCACUGAUGGAUCACGUGACAGAUUGCUUGUAAACCAAGCAGUCGUGUUAAAAUAAUCCCCUUUGGGUAAGAGUGUCCUCAAUAUAACAAAGAAAAUAAACGAAAACGCAGUCUUCAUCGCUA